AUAGCGUUGUGCAUCUAGCUAGAACUCGUAGCUGCCUCUCGCUUCUACACGUUCGAUUUAACAUAUAUAACAUUAGCAAAUUAAAGUCAUGUGAAUGAGAGGAAAGGAACCCGACCUACUAUUUGACGACAAAUGACAUUCUGAAUUUUCAGAAAAUCAAGAACAUUUCUGCUCUGUUAGCUAGCUAUAGUAGCUGAGACGGUGGCAGAGUUAGAAAACUUAGCUAACGCCAAUUAACGUAUUGUGUUUGUUAGCUAAGCUAGCUAACUGAGAGACCCUACAAAAAGUUGUCUAAACAACCCUCUAAUGGAGUUGUUGUGUCACGAGGAUGGACGAUUCCAAGCCGCCUCAGAAAGCACAACCGAAUAUAUGAAUUCCGCUGCUCUUCGGGCCAGCUCUGACCCGACCCUGACACGGGACCGUCGAGCAUUGCAGAACCUUCUGUCACUGGAAAAGACCAGUCGGGCCUCACCAUCAUACUUCGGCACGAUUCAGACAGACAUUCAGCCAUAUAUGCGGAGAAUAUUGGCAGUAUGGAUGCUACAGGUUUGCGAGGAGCAGAAGUGUGAGGAAGAGGUGUUUCCUUUGGCCAUCCACUAUCUGGACCGUUACAUGAGUUGCUUCCCUGUUCAAAGGUCCAACCUGCAGCUUUUAGGUGCUGUUUGCAUGUUCCUGGCCUCAAAACUGCGUGAGACAGUACCCCUGAGUGCCAGCAAGCUCUGCAUCUACACUGACAAUGCCAUUACAGUGUCAGAGCUCCUGCAAUGGGAACUUGUGGUGGUGGCAGGGUUAGAGUGGGACCUGGCUUCUGUGUUACCCUCUGACUUCCUGGAGCAAAUUCUUCAUGGCAUACCCAUAAUCCCUCACAACCUCCAUGCCUUGCGCAGGCAUGUCCACUCCUACAUUGCACUGGCAGCCACAGAGUUUAAGUUCUCUGUGUUCCUGCCUUCCACUAUUGCCUGUGCCAGUGUGGGCGCUGCCAUUCGCAGACUGAAGCUCCUGGAAGGAGCUCUAUCCAAUGAUUCACUUAUGCAGUUGCUAGCUAACAUCUUGGCCAUUGAUCUGGAGUCUCUCUGCUGCUGCUCUGACCAGUUGGAGGGUGUGCUGGAGCUCAGCCUGCCCCCCUGCCCCCAGACACCAGGGGCUUGCCGUUCAGGGACACCUGGCCCAGAGGUCAGCUACACCCCCACUGACAUCCAGGACGUACACCUGUCACCACUAGGCUAGAGAUGACACCAAGUAGACAAUCACUUAACAAUGACUGGAGCUUAUUUAUACCAUAAUGAGGCAGGUGUCUUAACUACCCCAUAAGACUAUUUUUGGCAGUCACUAAAACAAAUGUAUGCGGUAAGAAAAAACAUGUCUUAUAAGCAUUGCUGUGUUCACACAUGAUGAAUUGUGGAGAUCUUUUUGAUGUCAAGUUUUUUUUCUGUUUACAUUAGUGUAUUUGAGUUCUUUGUUGUUGCUAUGCUGUUGCUGCUAAGGUUUUUUUUAAGGACGUUUUAAAACUUAAGUUACUGUUGCUAGCUUCAGGGAACACAGUUUCUCACUGCUCUCUGAAGUUACCACAGAGGGGUAUCUUUUUAACUUAAAACAUGCUAUUUGUGAUAUUGCCAGAAGUAUUACUGAAUUUCCAUUUCAAUGUUUGCACUGUGUGAGUUUGCUGAGUGGUGUUCUCUGUGAAUACAUUAUGAAUUAUUAUAAAAAAAUGCUGCUUUUCAAUGGAGUUGUAUUAAGUACCCCUUUGACAUCUCUCAUCCUGUGAACAGUCACUCAGGACGGUUACAAUACACCUCUAGAUCUUGGCUAAUGCCAGCAGAAUUUGAUAAGCACAAACAAUGCCAUGCAUUGUUUCCUGGUAUCAGUGUUUUACCAUAAUCAGCCUACUAAAUCAAUAGUAAAGCCACAACUACCAUAAAUGUCCCAAACGAGUUC